ACUUACAUACAAAAGAACUUCCAACCCACAACGUGGGGAACCUUCUGCUUAGUAUUAAUUGUAAUUUUUUUUUUUUGGAUUUUUUUUUAGAGAAAGAGAAUGGAUUUCAAUUUUCACUUGAAAGUGUGCCCUAGGCUGUCCCGCUCUUGUCUCUUUCGUUGACCACUUCGACUUCGGCUCUCAUUUCAUCAGUUCAACAUCGCCAUCCAGCCGGCAGCUAUCCACAGACCGACAAACACCGGUACAUAACUAACCACACCACGCCACCACACCACACCACACCACCAAACCAUCGCCACCAUAUCCGGCGAGAAUCCAGCAAGCAGCAUCGGCGCCUGUAGGAGUUGUGGGGUCGAAGAACAUGCAUGCUUGCCAUUUCACCUUGUCUAAGUUUUUAAAUUUUGGAGCUGUAAUUACUGUACAACGAUCAUUAAACCUCGGGUUUUCAGUCAAGUGUUGUUCCCAAAAGGUUCACAUGGAAAGUAAUGGAGAAAUUAAAGCAAGAGGCGCUCUUAUUGUUCUAGAAGGUUUGGAUCGAAGUGGGAAGACCUCACAGUCUGCAAGGCUACUUUCAUACUUGAAUAAUCUUGGGUAUCCGGUAGAAUCAUGGCGCUUUCCAGAUAGAGAUACUGCUGUGGGGAAAAUGAUUUCUUCUUAUCUUACCAAUCAAUCUCAGUUGGAUGAUCACACAAUUCAUCUACUCUUCAGUGCAAAUCGUUGGGAGAAAAGAUCAUUAAUGGAGGCUAAGCUUAAAAGUGGGAUUUCCCUGAUUGUUGACCGGUAUUCUUAUUCAGGUGUGGCUUUCUCAUCUGCUAAAGGUCUUGAUAUCGAAUGGUGUAAGGCUCCUGAGGUGGGACUGUUGGCACCUGAUCUGGUCAUGUACCUCAACAUACCUCCAAAAAAAGCUGCUGAAAGAGGAGGUUAUGGAGGCGAGAGAUAUGAGCAGCUGGAGUUUCAGAAGAAUGUUGCCAAGUAUUAUGAGAUGCUUACUGAUCCAUCAUGGAAGAUAAUUGAUGCAUGCCUCCCUUUGGAAGAUGUUGAGAAACAGAUGAAGGAGAUUGUUUUGGAUUGUGUAGUCUGUUGCAAAAAAGGGAAACCACUUUCUCACCUCUGGUUGUCGUAGUAAUGAUUUGAUUUAUGCCAUGGGAACGUUUGAAUAAUCAUAUUAAUCUUGUCAUGUUUUAAAUUUUAAUUGAUUCCAAUGUUAUUGGUUUCAGCUUUGAAGCUAUUGUAUGUAUAUUUGAUCUGUUUUUACAUCUGUUCCUCAUCUA